UACACACAAUAAAACACCAGAAUAAAACGUAACAAUGGCAGUUGCCCAGAAGUUCGUUGCAGUGUUUCUGGUGUCCAUGUUUGUCCUCGUCGUCCACACUGACGCCUCUGUUUCUCCGGUUUACAGGAAAUGUUUCGAUUCUUGCUUUCCCGCUUGCAUAAGCAAGGCAAAAGACACAAAAGACAUCAUCAGAUGCGAGAAGGGUUGUGACAUCGAUUGUGCCGUCAAGGAUUUUAAAGCCAAGCUGAACGCCAUUAAGGCUCGAAGUGGAAGCAACAAGCAUAAGCAGUGACGGGGAAAAACUCUAGAAGAUCGAAUAAUACAGUAAUAUAUUAUAUUUAAUGUGAAACAUUAUAGAGUUUCUAAAACUCAUUUUUAUUGAGUUGAAGUCAAGAUCAUAUUUUGAAAUAGUGGUGGUUUUCUCAUCACCCCUAUCAUGAAAGACUGUAUGUCACUUUUUUGACAGUUGAUAGUAAAGCUCAUGUUUCACUUUCUUAUGCAAUAAAAUCAAAAUUUAAAAAGUA